ACAGAGGGUGGGAGGCGACGCAUCGGUCGGUAUAUCACGUACAAUGGGUUUGUUUGACAUUUGAAUAACAAAAGGUAGAUUUGAUACACCACUUAAACAUUUCUUCCGCUACAGUCAUUGAUCUGUGCGACGAAGUGGGAUAUGUUUUGGGGAAGGAUACGUGCAAAUGCCUAUGCAAAAGUGGAAGGCAAAGGUAGUUAGCUAGCUAACUAGCUGCCGCAUAGUGUUCAAGCAAUGAAUCACUACACGCUUUGAGUAGCGGGAACCGUUAUUCGACCAUGGAAGGUUCACCUUUCUCGAGAUAUUCGUGGCUAGACUUCUUGUUUAGUGUUGUUGGUGUCUGCACCUACAUGUUCGACGUGGGUUCUGAUAUGUGGGUGGCGAAAGAGUUCUACUGCCACGGAGACUUCGUGUGGUUUGGAGUUUUAGUUGGCCUCAUGAUCCUGUCCUCUGUUGUCAUCCAGAUGUUCAGCUGGUUUUGGUUCAAGUAUGAUAGAGACUUGGAAAACUUCGAUGCCAAAACAGCCGAUGACAACAUUUUGUUUUGUGGCCAAAGACGUGUUAAAGUCUCAUGCUUUUUGCAUGUCUUCCAACUUGGAUUCUUCUUCAGGCACCUCACUGCCAUAUGGCAGGGCUUCCGUGUGUGGUGGCGAGGGCAUCAGGGCUCUGAGUACGCCGUGUACCUGGUGCAUGACCUGAGCAUGCUGCGGCUCAUCGAGACCUUCUGCGAGAGCGCCCCUCAGCUGACCCUGAUGGGCUACAUCAUGCUCUACUCCAACCAGGCCAGAACCAUCCAGUGUGUGAGUGCGGUUGCCUCGACUACCUCCAUCGCGUGGAUGGUGGUGGACUACCAUCGCUCGCUGCGCUCCUUCCUGCCCGACAAGGCCAAGCAGGCCUGGGGCUCCUCGGUCGUCUACUUCCUGUGGAACCUGCUGCUGAUCGCCCCCCGCGUGACCUGCGUGGCGCUCUUCGCCUCCGUCCUGUCCUACUUCGUCGCCUUCCACUUCCUGCUCCUCUGGCCCGUGCUGGUCCUGUGGGCCUGGCGCCAGAACACCGGCUUCAUGGACAGCGCCGCCGGGGAGUGGCUCUACCGGGCCACCGUAGGGCUCAUCUGGUACUUCAGCUGGUUCAACGUGGCCGAGGGCCACACCAGGAGCCGGAGCGUCAUCUACCACGCCUUCAUGGUGGUGGACAGCGCCGUCCUGCUGGUAACCUGGUGGUACUACAGGGACCCGACGGCCACACGGCCCUAUGCUCUCAUCAUGGUGGCGGUUGUUCCCGCGUGCUACACCCUCGGGCUCCUGGUGAAGACUCUGUACUAUUGCCGCUUUCACCCCAACCGGCGGAAAGUGGACAGCGGGAGGGGGGAGGAGGAGGGGAUAGAGACGGACGGGUCUGUGACGGGCAUGGCGGUGGUGGUAACCACGGACGCGCCGGCUGAGGUGCAGAACCGCAGAAUGGCCGCCCUCGCCAAGAUUUUCUACACUUCCAAAGCCCUGGAGACUGGGCAGCGUUGAAGCCACCGAUUUUUGAUGUGCACAAAUUGACAGUAAUUGUUUAGGAGUGAAUGGAGGAUCGACUCAUGCUUGUUUUUUUGUGGUUUUAGACCCCCAUGAAGCCACAAAUUGACAGUAUUGUUAGCAGUGAUUAUUGGAUGAUCGUGGUCUGACCCAUGGCCUCACAUGGCAAGAUCUUCUACACUGCCAAACCCUUGCAGACGGUGCAGCAUGAUAACCUGACUCUCACCACAUGGUGUUGUUCCACCUAGUUCCAUAUGGGGUGCAUUCCAAUUUGCGACCUUGCGUCCUAGCACUUGUGCUUGUGGCCUCACGUUUUGCUGAUGCCCCGCUUCCGUGGAGUAAGCAAUUAAGUUUCCCUGCUGUCAGCCUAGCCUCAACAAUUUUUUGGGGACCAUUCUUCAUCUACUAUCCUGUAUGAAAAUUAGAAAAUGACUUUACAAUUGAGCUUUUGCGAGAUAUUGAAAUGUAAUGCUGUUGUCAGUGAUGUCAUCACAACAUAUUUCUUCCUGGUACAAGACCACAAGCACAAGUGGAGGACGCAAGGUUGCAUAUUGGAACGCACCCAUGGUGUUCCACUGUGCUCCUGCUACUCAAUCUCACACCCAAUACGUCCGUUUAUGACACUCAGGGAUUUAUUGCUGCUUUGUGAUUGGUUGCUAUAGGCAUGCAUUAAAAUCGUUUGGCACACAUGGCUUGAAAGUAGUUAUGUGGAAAGCAUUUAAAACCUUAGCAUUAUUUCAUAUUGAUACCCAAUAGAAUGUAUCAAUAGCAACCGUCAGCUAUUUGACGAAUGAUUGACAGCUGUCGCUGUGGGCUGCGUAGCGCUCUGGUUAACGCUAAAAACAUUAGAAGCAAAACGUAACCCUUUAGCAGUAACUGGAAAUUGUUUUAAAUACCUCCUAUAAAAUCUACAGUUAUUGCCAUGGUUUUAAGUGGUUUUAAGUGAACUUAGUGGAGCAAACUUUCCUCAGCUUCACUGUUGGGACAUUUUUUUACCUCACCUCGUUGAAUUCAAACCGUUUAAUGCAGAUCUUGUCGAAUGUUACUCCUUAGAUAUGACACUUUGACCUCCAUAUAGGACUGCAAAGUUUCCUGUAACUGGUGUUGUGCAUUAUGAUAUGACACAAAAGGAGAGUCUUUGUCAUCAUAAACAGUAUAAAGGCCCGAUCAUAAAUAUCUCAUAUUAAUGCAUUGGGUGUGAGACUGGGUUGGCCACAGACAUUCAUCUGGGAUUGGGACCUGAUGGGAAAGACUUUGGGAGAGAAAAAUAUAUUUUAAAAAAAUGGAUAAUUAGGAUCGCCAGGCGGGAUUUUCAUAGAUGUGAUGUAGCAGAAAAGGGACUGACCACAAGGAAUCAUGUGUCGUCAACAUGGCCAUGUUUACUUGAUGUUUUUAAUGCCAAAUUAAAUAGUUCAGCGUUAAAAUGAUUCAAUCAAUGACUGCUCACCACGAGGAAUCAUGCGUUGACAAUGAUUCAGCUGUUUCAACUGUGUUUCCCUUUAAGUCCUUCUCAUUAGGUGCAAUGUCAGAUGAAUGUGUGGAAAUUAAUCUGGUAAGAGUCAGAUUAAACAGCCUUAAAGCCACUGUUUUUAAUGUGCACAAAUGUACAGUAUUGUUAGCAGUGUUUAGAUAAUCGUUGUCAGACUCAUGCUGUUUUUUUGUGAUAUUUGACAGAAGAAUCUAAUUCUUUUGUGACUCUCUGAAAAGUAAUGUAUUUUUUAAAGUUUUAACUUAAAAUGUUCUUGCCCUUGUUUGUAAAUGAAUUGUUUUUGAUGAGAAGUUUAAUUGAUCUACGCUAUUUUGGUACACAUUCGACAAGCAUGUUUUUAUACUUGAUUGUAAUGAAAUAUUUAAGUACUUGCUCUGUUUCAGUGUUUUGUGUCCAUGGAAAUGUGAAUGUUAUGGAUUAUUUCAUUGUGUUUCAAGACAAAAAAUACCUCAAUUAUAGAUUCCCCCCCAAGUAAAUCAGAGAGAUUAACUUGUUCUUGUGGCAAACCACCACUCCCCCAAUGACUGCAGUUACAUGCAGGCAAUAUCCCGAUUUAAACGGAAUGGUAGCAGUAUUCGGUUUGCGCACAAUUCAUGUCAACUCUUUGUUCAUCACGAAUUUGUCAAUGUUCUAAGAAUAUUUUGGUUGCAUGUAAUCGGAAUAUUAUGGAACUUAAUUUAUGCCAAAUACUGACUAUCCUGUUUGAAACGGCAAUACUCGGUGCAUGUAACUGCGCUCACUGUGUCUGAGUAUGAAGUUGAUUGUUCAACAUCUCCAACAUGAAGUUUUAACAAAUGCUCGCACCUUAGCAGUGACAGUAGGUCAGUACAAAUGCUGUUCAUAUAGAGAUAUAUCUUUAGGCUAUAAUUCUGGGUGGGAAAGUCUAGUUGAUGUCAGGAGGGAACCUUCAAAUCCAGUUUGUGUAUUUUUCAUUUAAAAUAACACUAGAUUAGUGUUCCUGUCAGUAUAUGAUUUUAGAGGUAUUUAUCAGCAUGUGUGUAUAUAUAUUGUCGACACAGUUUUACUUUUUUAUUUUUAAUGUUAUAUUUUAAUUUGUUCAACCUUCUGAAAAAGUUUUAGACAAGAAGUUCCCACCUGACAGCGAUGAUAUGUUGCGUUAUUAAAGUAAUGUUGUAAAUUAGUUAUUUUAUUAUUUUAGGUUCAGUUUUGCUGCAGAAAAAUGGUAUAUUCUCUCAUGAAUAUGCAGUUACCUGAUUCUCGUUGAGAUUCUAAAUACUUGAUGUGUGUACAAGGGACUGGAUUUUUUUAAAUUGAUAAGAAUGAUAAGCAAAUCCAUUUUUUGUAUCACUAAUCUAAUGCCAUGGUGAGAAACUGUUUAUAAUGUAGUCUAGUGUAUAUUUCACAUUGCACCAAUAACAGUGAAAAGAAAAAAAGAAUAAAAACACAUUGCAAAUUACACAAUAAAAAAUACAUUGUAGAAUUA